AUGAUUAAAUUACUGAAGGAAGUACCACAAGACUAUGAAGGAGAUGUUGUUUUAUGUUCAUUAAGUUGGUGUGAAAUAAAACAACAAAGACAAUGCGAACAUGCUGGGGAAAGGUAUGAACAAUUACUCAAUCAAAUGUGUUGUACGUAUGAAAAUAAAAAGUUUAACAGAGAAGAAGAUGAAAUUAAACAAGAAGAAGGAUGUUGUAACAAUAAAAAUGGAGAAAAAGAUUUUAGUAGCAAAUUUAAACCACAUGUCCAAAGUAUUACAACAGGAGAUUAUUAUGGAAUGCUUGGUUUAGGAACUGUUAGAUGGGAAGCUACUGAUGAUGAUAUUAAAAAAGCAUAUAAGAAAAUGUGUUUAAUUUAUCAUCCAGAUAAAAAUAAUGGAGAUGAUAGUAGAAUUAAACAAAUUAUUGAGGCAUAUAACAUUUUAUCAAAUCCAGAAAAAAGAAGGCAAUAUGACAGUUCAGAUAAUACUGAUGACAAACUACCACAAGACAGACAAUAUGAAGAAAAUGAAUUCUAUACUAUUUUUGGGAUAUACUUUAAAAAGAAUGCUAAAUGGUCCAUUAAUAAAAAUGUUCCUGACUUUGGUGAUGAAACAUCAUCUGAUGAAGAUGUAAAUAAAUUUUAUACGUUUUGGUAUUCAUUUAAAUCAUGGAGAGAUCCUCCUUUAGAUGAGAUGUAUAAUAUAGAAGAAGCAACAUGUAGAGAGGAAAGAAGAUGGAUGAUGAAAGAGAAUGAAAAAAAAUCACAAAAGAAACGAAAAGAAGAAGGGUUGAAAAUACGAAAAUUAGUUGAUAUGGCAUAUAAACGAGACUUUAGAAUAAUCAAAAAGAAGAUGAGAGAAAAAGAAGAGAAACAAAGAAAGAAACGAGAGUUAGAAGAAAAAAGAAAAUUAAUAGAACUUCAAAAAGAACAAGAACGAUUAAAGAUUGAAGAAGAACGAAGAAUUUUAGAAAUAGAAGAACAAAAGAAAAAUGAAUUAUUAACACAAGAACGAAAAGAAAAAAAAAGUCGAUUAUUAAACUUAUUUAAUUUAGAGAAAGAAAAUGAACAUUUUAAAUGUGGGAUCAAAAAUGUAAUUGUACAAAUGGAAGAUGAUGAAUUAAAUACUAUAUCAUCAUUACAAGAACAAUCAGCAAUAGAAUUUUUGAGACAUAAAACAAUGCAAUACCUUGAAAAGAAAGAAAAAGAAAGAGAACAUCAACUUCAUAGAAAUGUAUUAGAAGAAUGGAGUUCUAAUGAUAUUGAAUUAUUUAAAAAAGGAUGUAAAAAAUUUCCUGUUGGUACAGAAGGAAGAUACAGAAGAAUUGCAACAUAUAUGAAAACAAAGAAUGAGAGUCAAGUUAUUGAAUAUGCAAAAGCUUUAAAUGCAAAAAUGCAUACAAAUAUUCAACAAAAGAAAAAUAAUAAUAAUGUUCUUGAUUGGAGCAAAGAACAACAAAUUCAAUUACAAAAUGGUAUUAAACAAUUAAAUGGUUAUAAAGAACAAGAUAAAUGGGAUAAAAUAGCUCAAAUGGUAGAAGGUAAAACCAAAGAACAAUGUAUUGAAAGAGUUCAAUACUUAAAACAAUUAGCAUUACAAAAGAAAUCAAUGAAAUAA